AAUCUCGUCCGAGUACACCGAAGAGCCCGGAGAUUGCGGGGCGGGGACGCGCGGCCGCGCUGGUUCCGGGCGAGGCGCGGGGCCGGAGGAGCGGCCUGGCCCAUCCGGGGCCGGGGCUCGGACGUGAGGAAGAGCUGCUGCCCCACAGGAAUGCUUUGGGUUAGAGUGUGUCCAGUCAGUGUCAGCAGAGCGCACACCCCUCUGCCUGUGUCAGCACCGACUCUCCCAAAGCCUUCCCUGGAGAUGACCUCAUGGAGCUGAGCUCGCGUCCUGACAGAGGCACUGGUGGAGGAGCACCCCCUCCAGUGAGCGGAGGCUCCGCUGACUCAGGCACGAUGGCCACAUCAGCCCCACUGCGGAGCCUGGAGGAAGAGGUGACCUGCUCCAUCUGCCUCGACUACCUGCGGGACCCCGUGACCAUUGACUGCGGCCACGUGUUCUGCCGCAGCUGCACCACUGAUGUGCGCCCGCUCUCGGGGGGCCGCCCUGUCUGCCCGCUCUGCAAGAAGCCUUUCAAGAAGGAGAACAUCCGGCCUGUGUGGCAGCUGGCCAGCCUGGUGGAGAACAUUGAGAGGCUAAAGGUGGACAAGGCCAGGCAGCUGGGUGACGUGGCCCGGGAGCAGCAGGAUGCACAGCUGUGCGAGCGGCAUCAGGAGAAGCUGCACUACUACUGCGAGGACGACGGGAAGCUGCUGUGCGUGAUGUGCCGGGAGUCUCGCGAGCACCGGCCGCAUACGGCCGUCCUGGUGGAGAAGGCCGCCCAGCCGCACAGGGAAAAAAUGCUGAACCACUUGGGUACCCUAAGGAGAGACAGAGACAAAAUUCAGGGCUUUCAGGCGAAGGGAGAAGCUGACAUCCUGGCUGCGCUGACAAAGCUGCAGGAGCAGAGGCAGGACAUCGUGGCAGAAUUCAAGCAGGGCCACCAGUUCCUGAAGAAGCGGGAGCAGCACCUGCUGGACCAGCUGGCCACCCUGGAGCACCUGCUCACAGAGGGCAGGGAGAAGUUCAAGACCCGGGGCGUCGGGGAGCUCGCACGGCUGGCUCUGCUCAUCUCUGAGCUGGAGGGCAAGGCCCAGCAGCCAGCCACAGAGCUCAUGCAGGACACCAGAGACUACGUGAACAGGUACCCACGGAAGAAGUUCUGGCUUGGAAAACCCAUCCCUCACAUGGUUAAAAGAAAGACUGGAGAAUUCUCAGACAAAGUCCUCUCUCUGCAGCGAGGCCUGAGGGAAUUCCAGGGAAAGCUGCUGAGGGACUUGGAAUACAAGACAGUAAGUGUCACCCUGGACCCACAGUCCGCCAGUGGCUACCUGCAGCUGUCAGAGGACUGGACGAGCGUGGCCUACAGCAGCCUGUACCAGAGCACCUACCUGUGCCCUCAGCAGUUCGACUGUGAACCGGCCGUGCUGGGCAGCAAGGGUUUCACCUGGGGCAAGGUGUACUGGGAAGUGGAGGUGGAGAGGGAGGGCUGGUCUGAAGGGGAGGGCGAUGGGGACGAGGAGGAAGAGGGGGAAGAGGAGGAGGAGGAGGAGGAGGAGGAGGAGCCUGGGUACAGGGACGGCUACGAGGACUGGGAAACGGAUGAGGAUGAGGACUCGCUGGGGGAGGAGGAGCAGGAGGGGGAGGAGGAGGAGGAGGAGGAGGAGGAGGAAGCUCUGGAAAGCUGCAUGGUGGGGGUGGCCAGAGACUCCGUGAAGAGGAAGGGAGAGGUCUCCCUGCGGCCGGAAGACGGGGUGUGGGCACUGCGCCUCUCUUCCUCCAGCAUCUGGGCCAACAGCAGCCCCGAGAUGGAGCUCUUCCCUACUCUGCGGCCCCGGAGAGUGGGCAUCGCCCUGGAUUACGAGGGUGGCACUGUGACUUUCACCAACGCAGAGUCCCAGGAACUCAUCCACACCUUCACUGCCGCCUUCACAGGGCGCCUGGUCCCCUUCCUGUGGCUCAGGUGGCCGGGAACACGCCUCCUGCUGAGACCCUGAGCCCCACCCAUGGAUGCUUCAUUUCUUGGGAAUCUAGGACUCUGGCGGGGAAAGGGCGCCCGGCAGAGCCUGUGGAGCAGGGAGCAGACAGACCCUUGUCCACUGCCACCCGCUGCCCCGCCACGUGGCCCCAGACCUCGCUCAGCAUUCUCGCUGCCUGCCUUGCUCCAGCCGGCGCCCCUCCCUCCUGCGGUUUCCCUUUGUCCCUGUGGCCCAGCUCUGCUGGUGGGGGGGUGGGGGGCGGCGGCGGCGAGGCAGCAUCUCCUGGCCCAGUGCUCUGUACCCUGUCCCGCUGGCUGUCUUGGGAAGGACAUGGAUUGCACCUGAGACUAUUUUGAUGUCCUUGAGCCCCAUAGCUUCCCUUGCCCAGAUUCUCUGCUGCCCACCUUCCCUGGCGUUUUAAGCAGACCUACUCCUGUCCCAGCUUGGAAUUAAAGGUCCAUAAAAUGUGGAAAUAUGCAAAGAAAAAAAAAAGUGGAAAUACGCUGAAUCAAAGUCCACUCGGGCUGUGGGCUCAGCUGCCAGGAGCGCUCCUGGGAAUCACUGGUGGGGCUUGGGCUCACCAGCCUGGUUUCUGUAGCUGGGGACCCCCUGGAGCCAUCCGUGUCCUUGCCAGGAGGACUUCAGCACGUGUGGCCGCUGGUCAGUGAGCGGUUACCCCGUGGGCUGGUCCUCGGGAGGGCAGUCCUUAAGAGAGUCCCGGGCACCUGGCUGGCGGUCCACCAUCGGAAGACAGCGGGGCAGACACCAGGAGAGCAAGGCUCCCUCGCUGCAGGGACUCUGCCCGGUUCCUUCAGAGGGUGUGGAGCUUGUCCUGCCCGCACUCAGCCUCAGGCUCACUUCCUUGGGGAGCAGACAGGGCUGGGCAGGGGGAGGGAAGGGAGGCGGUGUCCGCCUCUCACCUGCUUGCCUUCCAGAGGGGAACUGAAGGCUCAGCCCACCCAAGGCCCAGUCCUUCGUUCAGGGACCCCGGCCGGCACCCCUAGUUCAGCACAAGCUCCGCAGUUCAGCCCAAGUGAUGUCCUGCUUCAUCCUGACGUGUUCCGGGUGCUCCCCAGGCCCCUGCUUUCCGAGCUUGAACUCUUCUGCCCUGCUCUGAGGGACUGUACCCGAGCACUGUGGGCCUUGGUCUGUUGGCCACCGCAUUGUCCCUGAGUCACCUGAAUUGUGCAUGCCACAUGCUGCCUGGGUCACACCUGCAUCCUGUUUCUGCCUCUAGUUUUGUAAGCUCCUGGAGGGCGGGCACUGUCUCUUAAAACUUGUAUUCUCCAUGGCACCUAGCACAGUGCUGGGCACAGAGUAGGUGCUCAAUAAAGACUUGUUCAAUGAAUGAUCUGCAAA